AUGAAAGAAUAUACGCUCCUCCUCUUCCUGGCUUUGUGCUCUGCCAAACCUUUGAGUGGUCCUUCAUAUUUUACAUUAAAGAAUAUGAUGCUCCAAGACAUGGAAGAAGAUGAUGACGAUGAUGACAAUUCUCUCUUUCCAACCACUGAACCAGUUAUACCACUAAUGCCUUUUGAUCUGUUCCCAAUGUGCCCCUUUGGAUGUCAGUGCUAUAUGAGAGUUGUUCAUUGCUCUGACCUAGGUUUGACAUCAAUACCUCGCAACAUCCCACCAGAUACUCGUAUGAUUGACCUUCAGAACAACAAAAUUAAAGAGGUCAAGGAAAAUGAUCUCCGAGGACUCACAUCACUCUACGCACUGGCUCUGAACAACAAUAAAAUCACCAAGAUCCAUCCAAAAGCAUUUCAAUCGACAAAGAGGCUGCGACGACUGUAUCUGUCCCAUAACCAGCUAACUGAGAUCCCAACAAACCUACCAAACACUUUAACAGAGCUCCGAAUUCAUGCUAAUAAGGUUAAGAAAAUCCACAAGGAUGCAUUUAAAGGAAUGAAGUCUCUCCAUGUUUUAGAAAUGAGUGCAAAUCCUCUUGACAAUGACGGAAUAGAGCCAGGGGCUUUUGAAGGAGUAAAUAUCUAUCACAUAAGAAUUGCAGAAGCUAAACUAACUUCAAUUCCUAAAGACUUGCCCUCCAGUCUGCUAGAACUUCACUUAGACGACAAUAAGAUCACAGCAAUUGAACUUGAAGAUUUUAACCGCUACAAAGAUCUUCAAAGGCUAGGUCUUGGGAAUAACAAAAUCAAAGAUGUGGAAAAUGGAAGUUUUUCCAACAUACCAAGUAUACGUGAAAUCCAUCUUGAAAGAAACAAGCUCAAGAAAGUUCCUCCUGGAUUACCUGAACUGAAAUACCUGCAGGUGGUCUUCCUUCAUUCUAAUCAUAUUGCCAAACUGGGAGUGAAUGAUUUCUGUCCAACAGGAAGGAGAAAGAAGAAGGCAUUAUACAGCGGCAUAAGCCUCUUCAAUAAUCCUGUAAAGUACUGGGAGGUUCAGCCUUCAACUUUCCGUUGCAUUUUAGCUAGAAACAGUGUGCAACUUGGAAACUUCCUCAAGUGA